UCCUAGAUUUCUCCCCUCCCCCUUUUUGAAGUCAUGAUGGCGGAACUGUAGCGUUUAGGACUAGAAAAGUGUUACCCGCCCAGCAGUUCACUUAUUUAUUUAUUUAUUUAUCUAUCAUUUCCCCGCAAUGACCCGCUGGAUUCCAACAAAAAAAGAGAAAUAUGGCGUUGCAAUCUAUAAUUAUGACUCCAGAAGAGAGCAGGAGCUGUGUCUCCAGGUGGGAGACACUGUACACAUACUUGAGACAUUUGAAGGCUGGUAUAGAGGGUACACAAUACGGAACAAAGCACAGAAGGGCAUUUUCCCAGCCUCGUACAUCCAUCUAAAGGAGGCUAAAGUUGAAGGGACAGGCCAGCAGGAAAUAGUUAUCCCAGGAGACCUACCACUGGUACUGGAGUUAGGCGCCACUCUGAGGGAAUGGGCACAAAUAUGGCACAAGCUAUAUGUGAACAACAAGACCACUCUGUUCAGGGGCGUACAACAGAUGGCCUACAGCCUCAUCGAGUAUCGAUCUCAGAUAGUGUCUGGAACAUUGCCCAAGGAUGACCUUGUGGAGCUCAGGAAGAAAGUCACAGCUAAGAUUGAUUAUGGAAACCGGAUUCUAGGGUUGGACCUGGUGGUGCGAGAUGAUGCAGGGAACACUCUGGACCCGGACUGCACAAGCACAGUCAGUCUAUUCCGAGCCUUUGAGACUGCAUCCCGCAGUAUAGAUGACAGAAUACAAGAGGAGAAGACCCGGAAGCAGAAUCUGGAGAUGAGGCGCCAGUCCCUGUUUAGCACAGUGCACACAUACAGUCUCCUCAUGAACCUCAAGAACUUUGUUUGUAACAUCGGGGAGGAUGCAGAGCUGCUUAUGUCGCUCUAUGACCCUGACCAGUCAGAGUUCAUCAGUGAGAACUUCCUGGUGCGCUGGGACAGCAUGGGCAUGCCCAAAGAGAUUGAGAAACUCAACAAUCUGCCUGCCCUCUUCACGGAUCUGAGCAGCAGUGACCUGAUUAGGCCACGUCUCUUCCUCGUCUGUCAGAUUAUCAGGGUGGGCAGCAUGGAACUCAAAGAGGGCAAGAAACACACAGGAGGGUUAAGGAGACCGUUUGGUGUAGCUGUGAUGGACAUCACAGAUAUCGCCCAUGGGAAAGCAGAUGAUGAGGAGAAGCAGCAUUUCAUCCCCUUUCAGCAGAUAGCUAUGGAGACCUACAUCCGUCAGAGGCAACUAAUCAUGUCACCUCUCCUCCCAUCCCGGGUCAUUGGAGAGAAUGAGCCUCUCACCGCUGUCUUCAACAAAGUCAUUAACACCCGGGAGGUUAACCACAAGGGCCAGGGACUGUUUGUGACCUUAAAGCUACUUCCUGGUGACCUGUCCCAGGUCAGGAAGGACUACUCCCACUUUGUGGAUCGCACCACCGCCAUUGUUAGAAAGAUGGGCUUCCCUGAGAUCAUUCUCCCAGGAUAUGUGAGGAACGAUAUAUAUGUGACCUUGCUGCAGGGGGAGUUUGACCGCGGUAAAAAAACCUCACCCAAAAAUGUUGAGGUGAUGUUGAGUGUACUAGAUGACGAUGGCAAUCUCAUGGAGAAAGCAAUAUUUCCUGGAGCUGGAUAUGAUGGGAUCACAGAGUACAAGUCUGUAAUUUACUACCAGGUCAAGCAGCCGAGCUGGAAUGAAACAGUAAAGGUGACUAUUCCUAUUGAAGAUGUGGGCCGCUGUCAUCUCAGGGUGAUGUUUCGACACAGAUCAUCUCAGGACUCUAGAGACAAAUCAGAAAAGCCAUUUGGCAUGGCGUUCGUCCGCCUGAUGAAAGGAGACGGAACCACGCUGAAAGACGGCAGACAUGACCUCAUUGUCUACAAGGUUGACGUAAAGAAGACUGAGGAUGCAAAGACAUACCUGACUCUGCCAGGCUCCUGGGCUGAGGUGGAGGAGAAGGAGAGGCAGACAGGGAAAACCUUUCAGCAUUCAGGAGUCAUCCCAGUCACAAAGGACAGCUUCCAGAUUGGCACUCUCACCUGCUCAACUAAACUCACCCAGAAUGUGGAUCUCCUGGGGCUGUUGAACUGGAGGUCCAACCCUGAACAGCUGGAGCAGAACCUGCAGCGCCUGAUGGAGGUAGAGGGAGGAGAGAUUGUCAAAUUUCUACAGGACACACUUGAUGCCCUGUUCAACAUCAUGAUGGAGACUUCAGAGAAGGACACCUAUGACAACCUGGUCUUUAAUGCUCUGGUGUUCAUAAUCACACUGAUUGGAGACAUCAAGUUCCAGCACUUUAACCCAGUACUGGAGACAUACAUCAACAAACACUUCAGUGCCACUUUGGCUUAUAUGAAGCUGACCAAGGUUCUGAAUUACUAUGUGGGUCAUGCAGAUAAGCCUGUCCUAACAGAGGGGCUGUACUCAGCCCUCAAAGCCCUCAAGUACCUGUUCAGGUUCAUUGUGCAGUCCCGGGUCCUCUACCUCAGAUUCUAUGGGACCAGUGAGGAUGGGGAUGCUUUCUUUAACUCCAUCCGGACACUCUUCCUCUCCUUCAACACACUCAUGGACAGACCGCUAGACGAGGGAGUGAAGAUAAAGGGGGCGAUACUGAAAUACCUCCCCACCAUCAUUAAUGACAUAAAAAAUGUCUUUGACCCUGUGGAGCUCAGUGUUCUUCUGACCAAGUUCAUUGAGAGCAUCCCUGACUCUCAGCUGGUGCGCCAGAAGCUUGGUUGCAUGUGUAAGAUGGUGGAGAGUGACCUUUUCAAAAAGCCAGAGUGUCGAGAUGUCCUCUUGCCACUGUUGACUGACCAGCUGAGUGGGCAGCUGGAUGACCACUCCAAUAAGCCUGACCACGAGGCCUGUGUUCAGCUGCUCAGCACUGUGCUUGACAACCUGGACCGCAAGGAUGUGGGUCCAACCCGGGGUCAUGUCCAGCUGAUUAUGGAGCGGCUGCUUCGCAGGGUCAAUCGCACUGUCAUAAGCAUGAGCAGAACCUCCCCUCUCAUUGGUCAUUACCUAGCCUGCAUGACUGCCAUCUUGAAGCAGAUGGAUGACAUGCACUACGCCCACUACAUAAGUACUUUCAAGACCAGACAGGACAUUAUUGACUUCCUGAUGGAGACAUUCAUCAUGUUUAAGGACCUGAUGGGGAACGUUUUCCCCUCCGACUGGAUGACCAUGAACCUUCUACAGAUUGGGGUGUUUCUGCGGGCCAUCAACCAGUACUCUGAGGUCCUCAACAUGUACUUCCUAGACCAGACCCACUUUGAGCUGCAGCUAUGGAACAACUACUUCCAUCUGACUGUGGCAUUCCUUACCCACAAGUCAUUGCAGCUGGAAUCCUUCUCUCAAGAGAAACGGAACAAAAUACUUAACAAGUAUGGAGACAUGAGGAAGAGCAUUGGCUUUAAGAUCAGAGACAUGUGGUAUAAUCUUGGCCCCCACAAGAUGAAGUUCAUCCCUGCCAUGGUGGGGCCCAUCCUGGAGGCUACCCUGGUGCCUGAGCCAGAGCUUAGGAAAGCCACCAUCCCCAUCUUCUUUGACAUGAUGCAGUGUGAGCACAACUUCACUCCCAGCCGUACCUUUGACAUGUUUGAGAAUGAACUGAUCACCAAGUUGGAUCAGGAAGUAGAGGGAGGCCGUGGGGAUGAACAGUACAAAAUCCUGCUGGAGAAAACGCUACUGGAGCACUGCCGGAGGCACAGAUACCUGUCUCAGUCAGGGGAGGAGCUGGCUCUGCUGCUCAGCAGUCUGCUGGAGAAGCUACUGGCAUACCGCACCAUCACACAUGACGAGAGCCCUGAGCUCCGCAUGAGCUGCACCGUCAACGUCCUGAAUUUCUAUAAAGAGAAGAAACGGGAAGACAUUUACAUACGGUAUCUGUACAAGCUGAGGGAUUUACACCUUGUCUGUGAGAACUACACAGAGGCAGCCUACACCCUGUUACUUCAUGCCGAACUCCUUGAGUGGUCUGACAAGCCCUGUGCACCUCAUCUGAUCCCCGGUGAUGGCCAACAUGUCUGGACCCAGCAGGAGCUCAAAGAGAGGCUCUUCCAGGAGAUAAUCUGUUACCUGGACAAGGGCAAAAUGUGGGAGAAAGCCAUUGAGAUGGGUAAACAGCUGGCAAAGAUGCACGAGAACCAGAUGUUUGACUUCAUGGAGAUUAGCCAACUGCUGAAACAGCAAGCCCAGUUCUAUGAGAAUAUAAUGCAUGCCAUGCGGCCUCAGCCAGAAUACUUUGCUGUGGGAUACUAUGGCCUUGGAUUCCCCACUUUCCUCAGAAACAAAGUGUUCAUCUACCGUGGUAAGGAGUACGAGUGGUUGGAGGACUUCAGUCUGAAGCUGCUGUCUCAGUUCCCAAACGCCGCCAGGAUGACCAGCACAGCGCCCCCUGGGGACAACAUCUGUAACUCCCAAGGACAGCACAUCCAGUGUUUUACAGUCAAGCCAGUCCUUACUGUGCCCACCCAGUUCAAAGACAAGGGGGUUCCUGAGCAGAUUCUAAACUACUACAGAACCAAUGAAGUGGACCAGUUUCAGUAUUCCAGACCCUUCAGGAAAGGUGCAAAGAACCCAGACAAUGAAUUUGCAACCAUGUGGAUCGAGAGGACAACUUACAUCACGUCCUAUUACUUCCCAGGGAUUCUCAAAUGGUUUGAAGUGAAGUCCAUCUCUGUUGAAGAGAUCAGCCCCCUGCAGAACGCUGUGGAAACCAUGGAGAUGGCCAAUGAGAAGCUCAGUAACCUGGUGCAGCAGCAGGCCUGUGACAGCUCCACGUCAGUCCACCCACUCUCCAUGAUGCUCAAUGGCAUUGUUGACCCUGCCGUCAUGGGUGGCUACACCAACUACGAGAAGGCGUUCUUCACUGACACCUACAUACAUGAACACCCAGAGGACCUUGAGAGCAUUGAGGUCCUCAAACAUCUUAUUGCCCUCCAGAUCCCUCUCCUGGCUGAUGGGAUCCGGAUCCACGGGGAGAAAUCCACGGAGCAGCUGAAGCCCUUACACAAUCGCCUGCUCACCUGUUUCUCUGACCUGCGGGAGAGAGUGGAGAAGCAUUACGGCGUCAUAACCCUGCCCUGCUCUCUGACUGAGAGGAAGAAGAGUCGCGUGGGCUCAGUAGUGAUUCCCUACAUCCUGUCCUCCACCCUGCGCCGCAUGUCCACCAUCUCCAUCCUCUCCACUACCUCCUCAGGCCUCUCCAGCGGCUCCGCCUCCUCUGAUGGACCCUCCCGGCGCUCCUCCUCCCAGGAUUCACUGUUGUCCCGUGCCACUGCCAAUGAUCGCCGGGCCUCAAUGUUGUCCCGCUCGGAAGAUGACAACCGGAUCGGCCGAAAGAACAGAAAAGAAUGGAGUGUGAGCAAGUCACAGGUUUUGGUGGAGAGACAGCCAGACAUAGAUGAGCAGACCUUUCCAGAGAAGCAGCAGAGACCCAAAAGCCUACAGUUUGGGGACGGUCGCCUGACCCUGUCUCUGUUCCAGGGCGUCUCUUCUCAGCUCAGCCUUGGCAACCCUCUCAGCCCCCUGCCAGCCUCUCCUCACACUCCUCGCAUCUCCAGUUAUUCAUCUCUCCUUGAAGAUAAUGAUGCCAUCACUGACACUCCUGGGACACCCCCACCCAUGCCACCAAAGAAACAUCCCCACGAGAUGUUUGACCUCUCCCAAAACUCCUCUGAGUUCCUUCCUACUCUGCCUCAGAAAAUUGACAGCAAGCCCCCUCCACCUCCUCCUAAGACCAGGAAGUCUAUGUUCCCCGGCUCCUACGAGCACAGUCCUCAGUGAGGAUCCUCCACCUGCUGCCUGGGAUGGCUGGUUUAUUUUGUGGUACUGUAGCACUUUAUUAUUACAGAACUAGUACAGGACCAGUACUAAUACCUGUUAUGUACUUCAGAAUUACAUGUCAACAAUUUAUAUUGCUGAUACUUACGACAAGUAAGAACCAACUAAAAUGGUUAUUGUGGUGUAUGUGCCCUGUGAAUAUCUAAGAAACAAGCAUACAGUUGAAGUCGGAGGUUUACAUACACUUAAGUUGGAGUCAUUAAAACUCAUUUUUUAACCACUCCACAAAUUUCUUGUUAACAAACUAUAGUUUUGGCAAGUCGGUUAGGACAUCUACUUUGUACAUGACACAAGUAUUUUUUCCAACAAUUGUUUACAGACAGAUUAUUUCACUUAUAAGUCACUGUAUCACAAUUCCAGUGGGUCAGAAGUUUACAUACACUACGUUGACUGUGCCUUUA